CACUAAAGCUCGUCAUGUCAAGAGGAGAGAAUUGAAAGGUCGCAGGGCUCAAGACUAGAUCGUCGGCAGGUGAAAGGCCAGAGCGGGAUAAGCAUAGCCCGCGUUGGGCAAGAAAGUGGAUAUGAUAAUGGGCUAUCGGACGAAUGAAUGGCACUACAUUCCCGCGAGAGGCAGCCGAGCAGCCCAAACAAGAAUCGGGCGCGCUCAUUCGGAGCUUGGGCCCUGAAACUGGCGCCCAGAGCUCGCGCUCGGCCUUACUGUCCAGCUGAGACGAGUGUCCAGCUAGGAGGAGCGUAUCCACACAUUACAUUUAGGUCUUAAGAGUAGGCAAAAUGGCUUACCAGAGUGGUCAGUAUGUCCCUCCGCAUCUCCGGGGUAUGGCUAUGGGGGCGCCUCCUCCCCCGCCUCCGGGUGGUCCGGGGCCUGUGAUGGGCGGCUACGGCGGCUUCCCUGUCGCCGGCGCGGGCGCGGCUGUUCCGGGUGCUGCACCUUUUGGCGAUGAUCGCGGUCCUCGCGGCGGCUAUGGCGGGGGCUAUGGUGCUCCUCGCGGUGGCUAUGGCGGUGGUGGCUACGGUGGUGGUGGUCGUGGUGGCUUUGGUGGCGAGCGCGGUGGCUACGCGGGCCGCGGUGGUGCUGGUCGCGGCGAGGGAGGCAUCGGCUUCAACCGGCCCUAUGACGAUCCUUUCAAGAAGGCUGAGGCGGAAAAGGCGGAGAUCGAUGCGCUCUACGGCGCUGAGAACACGGGUAUUAACUUCGAGGCUUAUGAGGAUAUUCCCGUGGAGACCAGCGGCAAGGACGUGCCGCCGCCGGUGCACAGCUUCGAGGACCUCCAGCUGCCUGCGUGCAUGAUGGAGAACAUCAAGCGCUGCAAGUUCACCAAGCCCACGCCCGUGCAGAAGCACUCGAUUACCAUUGGUCUGGCUGGUCGCGACCUGAUGGCUUGCGCCCAGACCGGCUCGGGCAAGACCGCCGCGUUCUGCUUCCCCAUCAUCGCGUCCAUGCUCAUGAAGGGCUACCAGCCCGCGGCCGGCCGCAACAGCCGCAAGGCGCUGCCUGGCGCCCUGGUGCUGGCUCCCACCCGUGAGCUGACCAGCCAGAUUUACGACGAGGCCCGCAAGUUCACGUACAUGACGGGCCUGCGCCCCGUGGUCAUCUAUGGUGGCGCCCCCGCGCCCAACCAGCUGCGUGACCUGGAGCGCGGCUGCGACAUCCUGGUCGCCACGCCCGGCCGCCUGAGCGACUUCAUUGAGCGCGGCCGCGUGGGCCUGUCCUCCAUCGUGUUCCUGUGCCUGGACGAGGCGGACCGCAUGCUGGACAUGGGCUUCGAGCCCCAGAUCCGCCGCAUCGUGGAGCAGGAGGACAUGCCGCCCGUGGGCCACCGCCAGACGCUGAUGUUCAGCGCCACCUUCCCCAAGGAGAUCCAGCGCCUGGCCUCCGACUUCCUGGCCAACUACGUCUUCCUGACGGUGGGCCGCGUGGGCUCCUCCACCGACCUGAUCGUGCAGCACAUUGAGUACGUGACGCCGGAGGAGAAGCAGAACACGCUGCUGGACCUGAUCAGCACCGUGGAGCAGGGCCUGACAUUGGUCUUCGUGGAGACCAAGCGCGGCGCCGACGAGCUUGAGCGCAUCCUCACCCGCAACCAGCUGCCCGCCACCUCCAUCCAUGGAGACCGCUCGCAGGAGCAGCGUGAGAUGGCGCUGCGCAGCUUCAAGAGCGGCAAGACGCCCGUGAUGGUGGCCACCGACGUGGCGGCCCGCGGUCUGGACAUUCCCCACGUGACGCACGUUAUCAACUACGACCUGCCCAAGGACAUUGACGACUACGUGCACCGCAUCGGUCGUACCGGCCGCGCCGGUCACAAGGGUCUGGCCACCGCCUUCUUCACCGACUCGGACGCGCCGCUGGCGCGCUCGCUGGUGGAGGUGCUGACGGAGACGAACCAGACCGUGCCCGGCUGGCUGCAGAACUACGCCGCGCGCACGCCCGGCUACGGCCAGAAGGGCCGCCGCGGUGGCGGCCGCUUCGGUGGCCGCGACUUCCGUAAGGACAACUACGGCGGUGGUGGCGGCGGUGGCUACGGUGGCGGCGGCGGCGGCGGCUACGGCGGUGGCGGCUACGGCGGCGGCGGCUACGGCGGCAACCGUGGCGGUGGCGGCUACGGCAGCGGCGGCGGUGGCUAUGGUGGUGGCGGCUACGGCGGUGGCGGCUACGGCGGCGGCGGUGGCGGCUACGGCGGCGGCUACGGCGGCCACCAGUCCGCUUGGGAUUAAGCGCCAUGGGCGCUCCUCCCUGCCGGGGCCGGGGUUGCAGAACCCUCGCGCCAAGCAGCGUGCGGGGAGUGGCGGCGGCGGCGGCGCUCCUGUGGGAGCGCUGCAUUUCAUGCAGCAGGAACAGCUUGCAGUGACCAGCCUAAUUGGUUGUGUGUCAGUGUUUUGUUAUACUGGGGGAUAGUGUCGCCUAGCAGGUAGACUUCGUACUGGCACUGGCGUUGUCGUCGAUAGAGCCAGCGGCCUUUUGGCAUUCAGGCAGCGCUUCAGAGCGUGCUGCCGCGUGGAGGGUUGUCGACAGCUGGCGCACUGGGGUUGAAUCAGCGCCGGAGUGGUGUGUGCGCAGCAGCGUAGAACAGGAUUCGGCGCAUCGACGGCGCUGCUGACAGAGGCGGGAUCUCACAUCAUCCGUGGGAGCAACUCGCGGCUGCAGAAGCCGGGCCGACGCGGCACCGCCUGGGUCAGGUCCCAGGUCGGUUGCGCGGGGACUGGUCGUGGCGCUGGCGCAGCUGCUGCUGCCGGCGUUGGCGCGUUUUGAGCAGUGCACACACGUUGAGCCUGGGGCGACAUGGACGCGCCUGGGGCUGCGCGCCCCCGGGCUUUUCGAUACCAUUCGGGGCAUACGGCAAACGAGGGAGCAGAAGGAAGACAUGAAGAGUAGCGGAGUGUAUGCAUCUGACAGCCCAGAGUGUUUCGCUGCGCGCAACAGAGGUCACUGACCGCGCAGAAAGGCAUGAGAGAGCCGCGCUUCGGACGGAUUCGGGGAGAGGGUUUCGGGCGUUCACCGUGACGCUCGAUUUGCAUUACUGUUCAUUGACCUGCUGCCCGUUGUUGUCAAGUUUUUGCUACAUGUGUGUGCACCCGUGCAGGAUGGUGCAGUGUGUGUAUGUGGUGUGUGCGUGGGGCAGCAGGUUAGGAGCCUCAUUCGAGCCCCUCAACUCGAGUUUUGCAAGCGCGGCUUCCUACGUGUAUCCAUGGGCUGUAGGGUGCAGCGAGACAGGUGUGCUAUUAUCCGAGAGGCAGGAGGUAGUCCGAGAAGACAGGCAGCGGCCGGCAACACAGAGCAAUGCCGCAAGUACGGCUUUAGAGCCUGGUUCCACCCCUUUGUUCAGGGUGGGGCUAGCAGGCUCUGGGGCUAUGGUGAGCGAGGCGCGUGCGCGGGGGCUGGGCACAAAUGCUCCUGCGUGUGUGCGGCGGAGCGGAUGCCAGAUGGCUCAGCGUUUCCUGUGCGCGGUCGUCGGUCGCUAAGCCGCACGCUGCAGGAAGCGGCGGACACACUCUCAUUCGGGCCGAAUUUAUGUGGCCUGGAGUGGCUCGGCCCCCCGCUGCGCCCUGUACAGCGCUGUCUGUGCCUGUCUUUUGGGCAACCUUGUGGUCUCGGGCCCCCGGGGAAUGUGUUCACCCGGGGUGAGCGCCCCUAGACUGACGUCUUCAUAUUCCUGCACUGAUGCCGAUGCCCGCAGAGCGGGGUGCGGACUGUUUGGACUCGCUGAAGUAUUUACGUGUUGAUGUUCGAUGGUUGGUCUCACUACUGAUGCAGGGCCCUGCCCAACAUUUCCAGUGCCGUCGGGGCAAUCUGGGGAGCUCGCUGCAUGCCAGUGCGGCAUUCAGCACGGCGGAGCGGGCAUACCCAAUUGCCGUAUCCCGGGCACUGGGGCAGCCCGCGGCAGAAUACAAAUACUUCUGCUGUUAUGCUGGCGUUACCGCAUGGUCCUUUCGAGGGUGAGCGUUGCUGUUUGUGGAUUUCCGGACGUAACUGGGCGGGUUGCGGUGCGGGCCGGUGGGGCCUUUGGCAUCCGCGGAACUGUAACAGUCCAAUCUG